AUGGCCCGGAUUGGUCUGUUCGGCCCAGGGCGAUCAAGCCUGAUGAUUCGCAAUCAGCUGAUCUGGGUGGCUGUUUGGAGUUUGGCGGCGUGGCGCGUGGCAUCUCAGGAAUGGAACGCGACCCAUUUCACCGUGUGCGCGUCCCUCUUCCCGCCCAUGGCCAUCUGCGAGCCGGGCGCCGACCCGGACACGUUCACGGGCCAUGACGUGGAGCAGAUGCGCAUCGUUGCCAGCCGCCUGGGCUGGUCUCGCGAGGACUACACGUUCAAGUGCUUCGGGGCCUUCUCUGACGUGUUGGACGAUCUGGUGAAGGAGUCGGGGUCCGAGUGCAGCGUUGCGGCCUCGGGGGUCACGCGAUCCACCGUGAGGCAGGAGGCGGGCAUGCAGUUCACCUAUCCCACCUACAGGGCCAGUUUGGGAAUCAUGGUGCGGGCCCACGUGAGGAAGGGCUCCUAUUGGGGCUUCCUCAAUCCCCUGCACUGGAGCGUGUGGCUGGCCAUCUCCCUCACGGCGCUCCUAGUACCCUGGCUGGUGUUCGUCAUCGAGAGCAUCGCCUGCCACGGCUUUGUGCACCCGGGCGACUGGACGAGGGGCUUAAAAAACACAACCUGGGACAGCCUGAUCGCCCUUGUCAACUUUGGUCAUUUCCGAGUACAGUCCACCGCAGCGCGCGUCGUGGUAAUGGGCUACGGCUUGAUCGUGCUGAUCAUGAUUCAGACCUAUGUGGCCAACCUGGCAGCAUUCCUGACGGUCACGCAAGUGGACACGAGCAUUUCGAAGGAGGAGGACUUGUAUGGCCAGAGGGUUGCAACGGUCAAUGUUUACGGGCCCAUGCUGAGGAGGCAGGGCUUCGUGCCUGUCGUUAUCCAGUCGGAUGACAACCUUUUGGACAACCUGGUCCACCGCCUCAGAGCCUCCCACUACAAGGCGGUGCUCAUGGACGAGCCCUGGGUGCUCAAUACCACCAGCAACCAGAGCAACUGCGACCUGCAGAUGCUGUCUGAAACCACCGUGCCCUUCGACUAUGCCUUUGCGCUGCCACGCAGCGCCCCCAGGGAGUUUGUGGACAAGAUCUCUACAGUGCUGUUGGAGAUGCAGGAGGACCUGACCUCUAGCAGGCUGGUUGAGCAGUUCAUCCAGUCUGGGAACAGCAGUUGCCCUCGAGGCGAUGGCUUCAGUGAUACACAGUCAGUGAGAGUCAGCCAGAUCGCAGGCUUGUGGAUAAUCCUUGCCUUCUGCAUCGCAUGCGCAUUUGUGAUCCUGGUGGGCUACAUCAUCCGCCGCAUCCCCAGAGCCCUGGCGGACGCCAAGGCGGUGGAGGGCUUCAAAAUGAAGCAGGGCCUGAGCCUGGGCCGCAUGAGGCGCAUACCCACCACGUACCACCCCAACGCCUCCGCCCUGCUCUGCUGCUCCCAGCAGUGCUGCGCCCCACAAAUCGCAGACCUCCGCGCCACGGUGGAGGUGCUCACUGAGGCGAUUCGAUGGCUGGGAGACCCCUCUCGACGGCCAAGUGGAAACGGCGGCCAGAUGACUGUUGUCAGUGUGGCUGAGAGUCCCCCAUGCCCUGAAGGGGAGGGCUGUCCGCAGCCUGGGCCAAACAUACUUGCGCAGCAGGCAAGCGGCCUCGUUGCCCAAUUGGACGACUCAGCAAAGAAUUCGUCAGUGGCGUCCGGCGGGGACGCAUAG